UAUGAGUUUAAGUUUCAUGUGCCUAACGUGUGGUUUUGCACUGAAAUGCUCUUGAAGAAGCUGCAAGGCGAAAAUGGAAACAUGAACAAUUUUUUUCAACUCGAAAAUGAAACAAGCGCAAAUAAUAUUUACAAUUUUAGCAAUUGCUAUUUCCCAAAGAAAAGUUAGUACUAUCACCCCAAUUGAGUCACAAGCAAAAAAUGACUUAAGUUUACCAACAAACGACAAUGUGGAACAAGAUGUCUCACGUUCCUACGUGCAAAAGUUUUCACAGUCGUGGAAUUAUUUUGCUAAAGCCAAUGAUAUUUCAAAACGUGAAAGACUUAAGAAAGCUUUAUCCGACGCGCUUCAGUCUAUGGAAUAUAAAAAAAGAAACGAUAUAGCAGUUAAUAUAAAUAGUGAAUCUGUAUCAAGAAUAAAAAACGCCGCAAAACUUCUCAAAGAAUUUCGUGAAAUGUAUUCGUUAUCAGAUAAAGUAAAAAAAACUCUACAAGAAUAUAGCAAAGCAAGAAAAGAUUUAAGAUUAAUUACGAAUUUUAAAGCUAGUGAUUUAAUUUUAAAAAGGUUUCUUGAUCUUCAUAGCCACAAAGAUAAUAAGCGAACCAAUAUACCUUCUGCCAAUAUUCUUGGGCUGCAUAGCCCAAAAUAUCUCACAAAGACGGAUACAGUAUCUUUAAAAGCAGUUCCUUUGGACAAAAAUGGAAACAUUGGAUUAGAGUUUUCAUCAAUUGAUACCCGGUCAUCGAGCAUGAAACGUGCAAUUGAAGCUUUUAGAGCAGCUAAAAUCAUUUUAAAUUAUGAAACCACAAUCAGAAGUCGUAUAAAUAGCAAUCCGUUUCACAAUAAAACAUCUAUUAAUAAUUUAGAAAUGGAUGCUGACGUAGAAUUUACAAAGAGUAGUAAUAAACGAUCUGAGUUUCCAGAUCUUUUAAAGUCUAAAAACUCCACUAACGCCACUAAUGACAUUAAUUAUAUUAAAGAUACAACAUUAGCAACAAAAAGUAACAAUGAAACUAGCAAUGAAACAUCUUCAAACAAAACAUUAAACAAUGAAACAAAGGAUACAGAAGUUAAUAUUGGAACAGCUAAUAAAAUGAUGGGUAUACCAGACAUUAAUGGAACAGCCAAUCAAACAGUGAAUACGACAAGCAGUAGUAAAGCAGCCAAUGAAACGGUAGAUAAAACGAAUAAUAGUGAAGCAGCCAAAGAAUCAACAGAUAUAACAAACAAUAGUGAAGCAGCCAAAGAAUCAACAGAUACAACAAACGAUAGUGAAGCAGCCAAUGAAGCAUUAGAUACAGAAGGUAUCAGCAGAACUACCAAAGAUCAAAAUAAUCAUAACAGUCACACCAACAAAACAAAUGAUUUAAGUAAAAAAAUAAAACCUUUUGUUGAACUAUUGAAAAAAAUUGGAGUAAAAAAUUUUCUUAAAAAAAUGAAAACUAUGGGUUUGAAUACGCAAGAUUCUGUAAAUACUCAUGAUAACACGCGAGAUAAAAUAAAUACCGCAAAUAAAAUACGAGCUGAAGUACCGAAUAGAAAUAUCACUUUAGCUGAACCAAUCGAAAGCAAUAAUCCUGACGACGAAUCUUUAAAAGAAAAUUCUAAAGAAACAAUUGAGCAAAUAAAUCAUGAUGAAGAUUUAAUUAAAAAAGAAAAAAUGACCGUGGAAAGAUUAAAAGAGGCAAAAAUUGCAAGGCAAAAAUAUGAAAUCGCAAAACACGAACUUGCAAAAAAAGUCAAAGAACUCUAUGAUUUGGCAAACGAUUUUGAAAAAGAAGAAACUCAAGACCAAUUUCUAGAAGUGAAAAAAUCUUCUACAUCAGUACCUUUUGCGAAAAACCAGAACAGUGAACAACAAACUAAGUAUGAUGAAUUCAAGAGUGUCUCUAUAAAACGUAGUGAUAGUCAUCCUGGCAUAGCUCUAGCAGGUAUUUUGCAUAAAGAACCGUCUAUUCUUAACACUGAAAAAGGCAGUGAUAGUGUUAACAAAGGGCUCACAAUGGGUAUGAUUGAUAAAACCGCCCAUCAAGUGAAACUAGAUGAAGUAAAAACUUUUGCUGAUGGUCACAUGACUACAAAAAUAAAUGGUGUAGAGGACUCGCACAAAGAUAGCAACUCUGAAGAAACUUUUAAACAAAUAGCUCAAGCAAUUAAUGUUGGUAUAAGUAAAAUUUCAAAAGAUGAUGUAAAAGGCAAAUCAUUAUUGAAAAUUGCAAAUUUACCUGCGACAACUGAUGCAAAACAAAAUAAAAAUAUUGUGCUCAUGGUAACAAACUCAACAAAUAAAGAUUCUAUAUCCAAUGGGCAUACAACAGAAAAUAUAGACGAAUUCUUAACAAAAGCAUUAACGGAUAUAAUAUCAAACUCAAGUGCUCAAGGAAAAGAUUAUAUGAUAAAAGACAAAAGUCUAGAAUCAUCAAAGCAGAACGAAGAAAAUCGGAAAAUUGUAGAAAAAGCCAUGAAAGUACAUGCCGCCAAUCCCCAUGUAGAACUACCUCUUCUGAAAAAGAACGGAGACACUAUUAUUCCAAAUAAAGACGCCAAACUAGAGAAUCAAAAAGAUAGAGAAAAGGUUAAGCAACUAAUAUUUCCAACUAGCAUUUUUAAUAACUCUCCAAAAAACAACUCCGCUCAAAACGAAGGGUUAGCUAAUUAUGCAGAGGAAAAUCUUUCGAAGUUGGUGGCAGAAGAUCCUAACAAUAAAGCCUUACUCGAUAAAGCUUCGCAUAUGGAAGAGCAAGUUGCAGCUGCCCAGGAACGGUUGUUUUCUACAUUAUCUGAUUCUUCUGAUAAAAAUGACAAUUCCGUGCCCGCAAGUGGAUCAUCUGUGCUAACGCCCAAUCUUGUAAAAACUAAUUCUCAUUCCACCUCUGAUGAAAUUUUCCCGCAAGCUCUGACAUCACCUGGAUUUACGGAGACUGAAAAUACAGAGCAUGGUCAUACUUUUUCAAAUUCUAACAACGAGCAAUCGCUUAGAUAUCUAAACAAUGAUCGAGAAGGUGAUCCAUAUAGUUCUAUUAAAGAAGAAAAUCUUCCCUAUGAAGUACCAUUGACAAGGCACACUUCACAAGAAGAUGAAGCACCUGAAGAAGACGAUGAUGACGAUGAAGAAGAUCACUAUAGGGUAUCUAGGCGAAGACAUCAUCAUCAUUACAUGCCUGAACCAGACGAGGAUGAUGAUGGAAAUGAGGAUGAUGAAUAUGACAACGAUGAAUUACCUUACGAAGACAAACGUAAAAGAACUCUGUUAAACAAACAAAUGUUAUCCACUAAAAAUAAAACAAUCUCUGGAAUUCAUAACUUUAUUUUAUCACCUAAUAUCUUAUCUCACGAUAAAUCAAAUGAAUUUUUAGAAGAUGAAAGUAAAAAAUCCAUUAUACUUGGCGGAAAAAAAAAUUCACAAAUGAACCUAACUCUCAAGAGCACGAAAAAUUAGUUGCUCACAAUAUUUGGAAACGUUAAAUUAGUUGCUCACAAUAUUUGGAAACGUUAAACAAACAUCCUCAAAAAACAUUUUAUCCCAUUUCUGAAGGCAUUUAAGUUAAAUACAAAUUUCGUAAAUUCAAUUCGAUAAUUCAACUUAGCAAAGCAUUUUUUUACUUCAAAUUGACGAUGUAAAAAAGGUUUAGGGGGCAUGCAACAACUUUACAAUGCUGAAAAGGUGUAUUCUUUUUUAUUAACGAAUAAUAUUAAAAAUCUCGAUCAUUGUCA